UGUCUAGCUUGCUUGCCGUUGAUGUCGCGCCAGUUCUCCCGGUUCUCUCCCCGUUGAGGACACACAGGACGUUCUCUCGAAGGACGAAUUGUGCUGUAAAUCGCUGUUUCGAGGCGCCACAGCUGCCAUGAACGUCGCUCGCACCCUGACGACUGUUGCCCGGCGGGCUCCUCAGCUGAAGACGACGGCGGUAGCCCCCGCAAGGAAGGUCAGGACACUGGCCCAAAUCAAGGAGCUGCAGAAGCAGUUUUGUGCUGACGAUGGUGUGCCAGUCUACCUGAAGAGGGGCACAUUCGAUCUGUUCCUGUAUCGGUUAACUUUGGCGACGUCUGUUGCCGCCCUUGGGAUGUGUUUCUACAACACAUAUCGCCUGAUUUACAGGAAUGCAAAGUGAAGCCAGGGGUGUUUCUUGGCAUUGAUUGAGUGGUAAAAUUUAGGCCAAAUAAAGGUAUAUCCAUCCAAUCAGAAGAUGGCCGUCUCUUCACCAAAA